AAAACCCAAGCAAAGCAAGCAGCAGCAAGCCUCUCUCCCUCCCCUGCCACACUUCGCCGGCGCCACCACCACCGCCACAGCACCACUCGGGCGAGCCGCCAACCGUCAGCCACAGGAUGGAUCUGCUGAACGCUGAGCAGAUCUCGGAGUUCCGCGAGGCGUUCGCGUUCUUCGACAAGGACGGCGACGGGUGCAUCACGGUGGAGGAGCUGGCGACGGUGAUGGGGUCGCUGCAGGGGCACCGCCCCAGCGAGGACGAGCUGGGCGAGAUGAUCCGCGACGCCGACGCCGACGGCAACGGCACCAUCGACUUCCCCGAGUUCCUGGCCCUCAUGGCGCGCAAGACCGCCGCGUCGUCCGCGGCGUCCGGCGCCGGGGGAGGCGAUGGGGACUACGACCCCGACGAGGAGCUCCGCGAGGCGUUCAAGGUGUUCGACAAGGACCAGAACGGGUACAUCUCCGCCACCGAGCUCCGCCACGUCAUGAUCAACCUCGGCGAGAAGCUCACCGACGAGGAGGUCGAGCAGAUGAUCCGCGAGGCUGACCUUGACGGCGACGGCCAGGUCAACUACGAUGAGUUCGUCAGGAUGAUGAUGCUUUCCGAUGGCGCCGGCCACGCCGGUGCCGGAGCCGGUCACCACCAAUGAACCUGUCCGUCCGUGCGUCUCUCCGCCGUGUAGCUACCAGGCUAGCAUUUCCCAUCCAUCCAUCUCCAUUUUCUCCGAUGGAGUGGCGGAUGAUCCCUGCAUUCAUCUCUUUUCUGCACUUCUGCUUCGUUUCUUUUUUUUUCACCCAAAAAAGAUUAGUAUCCGUCUCUGUACUGUAAUGUAACUGAUCAAAUAUUCAACCAACAAUUGAAUUUAAUUAUUGAAUGAAUUCGUCAAAGGACGACGAACCAUGGAUAAACAA